AACAUUUUCCAAAUCAAAAACCCCUAUUGGUCCCUUGAAUCCGAUCGGCAUCUACUAUACAGGGGUGGGCCUUCCAGCCUCUUAGUGAGCAGCUGAUUCGAAACCCUAAAAACCAGAAGCACUCUUCCAUGCGCGAUCGUCGUUGAUCCGUAACCAUGAGUCAUUAACGUGGACAAAGCUAGAGGUUUUACUCGAUGAAGUUGUCAAAAUGGAAAGAAAUUAGGGUUUGCCUGUUGAAUUCUCAUUAGAGCAGAUCAAGAUGCAGAUAUCUAGGUUUUCCAAGGAAGACCCAUGAUUAUAAGGAGAUCUCGGGUAUCAUCCAUUGGAAAUUGGUGAGGUUCAAAAUUUGCGGCAUUUUUUUUAAAGUGGAGGAACCUGCCGUUUGAGUAGAGAAAGUAGGUUUAGCCUAUGAAUUAUCUGCAAGUUUCGAAAAUUUUGGAGGAGUAUAGGGUGUUUGAAUAAUUUGGAGGAGUAUUGGAUCUUCUCUUCUUCAUUUACUGAUCACUGAAAACUACAGUUUUGAAGAAGAAAGUUAAGUUAUGGGGGGAAAACCAGGAUUGAGCUCUGCCAUGGCUCCUGUAAGUCUGAAAACCGACUAUUUCAACCUUUCAUUCAGGAACUUCAAGCUCAAAACAAAGCAACAGGAGCUUCUGAUAAGAGUAACCGCUCUGGGUUUGAUCUAUGUCUUGGCCUUCAUCACUAGGUUAUUCAGUGUUCUGAGAUAUGAGAGUAUGAUCCAUGAAUUCGACCCUUACUUUAACUAUAGAACAACACUGUAUCUCACUGAGAAAGGAUUUUAUGAGUUCUGGAACUGGUUUGAUUCAGAGAGCUGGUACCCAUUAGGUCGAAUUAUAGGGGGAACUUUGUACCCUGGUCUCAUGGUGACCGCUGCUUUGAUCUAUUGGACUCUGAGGUUUUUGAGCUUCGCUGUUCAUAUUCGUGAAGUUUGUGUUUUAACUGCUCCAUUUUUCGCAUCAAACACAACUUUGGUCACUUAUUUAUUUGGGAAAGAGAUUUGGGAUUCAGGAGCUGGUCUUGUAGCCGCUGCCCUAAUUGCUAUUUGCCCCGGCUAUAUUUCUCGGUCGGUUGCUGGUUCUUAUGAUAAUGAAGGAGUGGCCAUUUUUGCAUUGCUUUUGACCUUUUAUUUGUUUGUGAAGGCAGUCAAUACUGGAUCUUUGGCCUGGUCUUUAGGUUCAGCAUUUGCUUAUUUCUAUAUGGUAUCUGCUUGGGGUGGUUAUAUUUUUAUCAUUAAUUUGAUACCACUUUAUGUUUUGGUGUUGCUUGUUACUGGGAGGUAUUCGAUGAGGCUUUAUAUUGCAUAUAAUUGCAUGUAUAUAUUGGGGAUGCUGCUCGCUAUGCAGAUCCGCUUUGUUGGGUUUCAGCAUGUUCAAUCUGGGGAGCAUAUGGCUGCAAUGGGUGUCUUUUUCUUGAUGCAAGUAUUUUAUUUCUUGGAUUGGGUUAAACACCUGCUGGGUGAUGCGAAAAAGUUUCAAUCUUUCUUGAAAAUUACCGUGACUUGUGCGGUAAGUGUAGGUGCCCUUGCUCUUGGUGUUGGAAUGGCAUCUGGCUAUAUUUCUCCAUGGACUGGCCGGUUUUACUCCUUACUGGACCCAACUUAUGCAAAGGAUCAUAUCCCUAUCAUUGCAUCUGUCUCUGAGCAUCAACCGACAGCGUGGUCAUCUUUCAUGUUUGAUUUCCACAUUCUGCUUUUUCUCUUUCCAGCGGGGCUUUACUUUUGUUUUAAGAGAUUGUCAGAUGCUACGAUCUUUAUCCUUCUUUAUGGUCUUACAAGUAUGUAUUUUGCUGGUGUGAUGGUUCGGUUGAUUUUGGUGGCAACACCUGCAGUAUGCCUUAUUAGUGCUAUUGCAGUAUCUGCCACCAUAAAAAACUUAACCUCACUUAUAAGGACGAAGAGCAAGAUUCCACAUACAGGAUCUGCCAAGGGAACAAGUAGUGCAAAGGCAUCAGCUAAGGCUUAUCAGGAUCAAUCUCUGCCUUUUCAAAGGAAUGGCGCUAUUGCUUUACUAGUCGGUGCAUUUUAUUUGCUCGCUAGAUAUGCGAUACACUGCACCUGGGUCACAUCAGAGGCAUAUUCAUCUCCUUCAAUAGUCCUGGCUGCAAGAGGUGCCUAUGGUGGUAGGGUUAUCUUUGAUGACUAUCGUGAAGCCUACUUCUGGCUACGGCAAAAUACUCCUCCUGAUGCGAAGAUCAUGUCUUGGUGGGAUUAUGGGUACCAGAUAACAGCCAUGGGAAAUAGAACUGUUAUUGUAGAUAACAACACAUGGAACAAUACCCAUAUUGCGACUGUUGGCCGUGCUAUGUCAUCAUACGAGCCUGAGGCAUAUGAGAUAAUGCAAUCACUUGAUGUUGAUUAUGUGCUUGUUGUAUUUGGGGGGGUUACUGGUUAUUCUUCUGAUGAUAUAAACAAAUUUCUAUGGAUGGUACGUAUUGGAGGUGGUGUUUUUCCAAUCAUUAAGGAGCCUGAUUAUCUUGUGAAUGGCGAAUACCGUGUGGACAAAGGCGCAGCACCAAAAAUGUUGAAUUGUCUCAUGUACAAGCUCUCAUACUACCGUUUUGGAGAGUUGACUACAGAAUAUGGAAAACCCCUUGGAUGGGAUCGUGCACGGGGGGUGGAAAUAGGGAACAAGGAUGUGAAGCUCGAGUAUCUUGAGGAAGCAUUCACGACGUCUAACUGGAUCGUUCGGAUCUACAAAGUCAAGCCUCCCAGCAACCGAUGGUGAGGCCAAGCUUUUGAUAUUUAUAGGAAAAGUAGAAAGUAGGAUAGAAAUGAGGUUUUUUCUUUGGACGGGAAUGCAACAAUCUAGAUCAAAGUGCAGAGCUUGAGAUUUUCCGGUAUGUUAUUAUCUAUGCUAAUGUAAAAGUGAUAUUUAAUCUGUUGCUUGAUGGUGGUCAUUUAUGACAAAAAAAAUGCUGGCCAUUUCUUACUGGAUUAUGGGACUUGUGUGACUCUCUAAAUCUAGGUUUUUGUGUUCAUUCAAGAAUUCUGAUCCAGGUCCCUUGAAGGGAAUGAGGUUUUUU